AUGACCACGAAGGGUACAAUUCGGUUUGAGGACCUUGGUGAGCCUGUGCAGCGUCUGCUCAAGUCGCUGCGGGGUGGCUACACGGAGGAAGACAUGGCCCUGCUGGAGUACGUUUCCGUGAAGGACAUGGCGAAGAUAUACGGCGAGAUGUGCAACGACCGCCACGUGGAGGAGAUUUGGCAGGAACUCCGCAUGGCGCUGCAGACGCGCAGAGAACAGGCGGCCCGCCGCGAGGCCGAACUUCUCAGCCGGCAGCAGCGGCUCGAGUUGGAGUGCGAGGCGGAGGCCCGCGAGAAGGCGGCGGAGGCGGCCGAAAAGGAGGCGAGAGAAGAAAGGGAGGAAGAAGAAGAAGAAGAGGCCGCCAGGCAGCGGGCCGAGAGGCGGCGGCGCCGGCGGGAGGCUCGUGCGCGGGAACUGCAGGAAGAACAGGAAGCACUCGCCGCUGAACGCGCCAAACACAACGCCGCUAAAACUAACAAAAAUAAAUCACAGAAGAAGGCGUGGGAGGAAUAUGUGGCAAGUCACCCGCUAGAGUUCAGUAGAGAGACAAAACAGGAAAUUCAACAAACACGUGUGGAGCAUAAUAUGAAGGCACCACCACAAGCUAGCAGCGAUCUGCUGAACCGUACAUAUACCCCAAAAUGUCCAAAGUGCGGUACCCGGUUUGUAACUCCACCGCAGCAGUGGGAUUGUCCAAUAUGUCUUCGACGUCAUCGGCAACACAUUAAAGUUUGGCAACCAGAUGACUCUUCACCAGCGUGCAUGAUUUGCCACUCCUCCAUUGGGCGAUUCUCGCGUCACCACUGUCGUAGUUGUGGUAGACUAGUAUGCAAUCAGUGUAGCGAUUCAAGGGGUUUAAUCCCUGCAUUGGGUUUUAAUGAAGCCACGAAGAUAUGUGAUGAUUGCGCAAACAUGGUCACUCAAUCAUCAACGUAA